CACCUCUCCCCCUCCCUCCGCGAUCUACGGUUCCCGGGCUUUGGUCUGUCCUGGUUGGAAAGCCAUCGGCGGACAGUUUGGAGAGCACAUUCAAUGUCGAUCCCGAUACGGCAGCGGCCACACAGCAGUGGCAGGUGCGCCGGGAGCAAUUCAACGCUACGGAAGAGCACGUUGCGGUGCAUCUGCUGUGCCUCCCGCUCAGCGAGGUGAACGCUUUAAACCAGCGGCUGGUUACUGCGCCCGCGUCGGCGGCAGCCGUCGCGCACGAUAUGUGGACGAUGCAGACGAGGUGGCCCGAGCAGCGCCCGCUCAUGAUCCAGCUCCACCCUGAUGAGCCGGACGAGUUUACUUGGUGGCCAACAGACCUGACUCCUGACACCCCACUUGACAUCACCGCGUCGAUACGAGCGGGCGAGAACAGGCUACGCAUCGUCCAGCUUGACGGCAUGUCGGACUGCGUGUUUGUGCUGCAUGCUGGAUAUCCGGACGAACAGCAGAUCAAGGCGGUGGCUGAUCAUCGAAGGAGAGAUGUAGAGUGGAACCAGAUGGUUGUGCGGAUGAGCCUGCGGUCGGGAACGAUUGUGUUUCCAAAUGCGUUGUGAUAGGAAGGUGUGUCCGUUCGUGUGACUGCUGUAGGCCCUCGAGACGUACUGCGCUCCCUCGGUGUAGCCAACAUCCUGUAUCAUUCUCUUGACGAGAGCUGGAACUCUCGUUGUAAUAUCGUAGAUCAAUACCAUAGAAUUAUACCCUUUGGGUGCCUCUCGUUCC